AUGUUGGUGUUCAUGCUGCACGUGUCGGAGGUCGUGGACGUCCCCUCAGCCUUCGGGGGUAUCGUGAACACAACACUCAACAUCCUGGCGAACACGUCCAAUUCGACCGCGAUCAGCCCGGUCGCCAAGACUCCGCUGACUCCGGAAGGAGGCCGGUCUUGCAUGGAGCAGCUGGAGCACGAGAACCCGGAUACACCACGUGCCUUCUUGCGGACCCACAGUGACCACAAACCGCGUUUUAUCCUGAGCAAAAACGUCACCACCCCAUAGUUGUCAUGCCGCUUUGCUGUUACUUGACGGAAGAUUUGUAAUGCGCAUCCCCACGAGCAGAGACCUCUUUCUAUUUUUAUCGUGUUUAUUUGGCAUUUGUAAGUCUAAGCAACGAUGCAAAUAAGAGGAUGAGCAGAGGGAUUUGUGAUGCGGCUGCCCUUCUUGCUAACCCACACUGCAAUACGGACUGCAACUUCGCAUGCGUGACGGGCAAAACUCGUAGGCUUGUGUUGCAAAAUCCCCAUCUUCACUAUGGGGCGGGGGCGUUUUUGCUCAGGAUACGUCUGGAAGAGUGUGAUAUGAUUCGUUCGGACAGGACAGUUCCAACUUCAGCAAUGUAGAUUGCACAAAAUCUUCAGAAGCACAAACGACGGCUGUGAUAAUCUUAUUCCUGACCACAUGCACCUAAAAAGCAUUGGCAUGAUUAUAAUGACGAAAAGGGUCGACCUUGCCAAACUAAUUUGAUGCUGUCGUGGCUGAGGGUGGCAUAGACGAAAAACGCGUCGAAAACCGGAGGAAGGUGAUGCAUGCGAACGGCCAGUGGGUCCGGGACCUGCGUGCGAAAGACCAGCAGCGGGAGGACGAGAUGUCUCCCCUCGCGGAAUCGGAGGACGCGUAGGGGGGCUGCCAAUUCGUGGAUGGCGAGAAGAACAACUACAGGCGAUGACAUCUUUUUGUUCGUGUCCAGUAUUUCAUAUAGCAAAAGCAAUUCAUAAAUAUUGAAAAGAUUGGCGCUACAAGAUCGAUGAGAGAAGCCACAUCAUCAGAACCGCAUGGAACUAUCGAAAAGUCAACUUCAUCAGAUCGCGUAGAUUACACAUCCUGUACAUUAACUUCUGGGCUAAAGCUUUUGAUUCAUAAUUGAUGACAAUGAGAAACACACUGCACUAGUACACAUAUCAGAAUAAAUUGAAAAAUCCCUGUCCUCCGCUAUCUAUGUUUACACCAAGCACUCUAUGCUUGUACGAUUUCCUUGUUUCACGCCGCAAGAAUAAUGUUGCAAAUAUCAGACAUUUUGAAGACACGACAGGCAUUGAUGUACAUGAGAACGCCGAUA